ACGACACCAGCCGUGACCAAGAUCAUCUAUCCAGGCUCGGUGUGACAGCGAUGUCAAACCAGCAAUUCUUGGGUGGUCUGCGUGUCAUGGAUAAACGAGGUGGAUUUACAGAUCGCUCCGACGAGUGGCACGAGACAGUCUGCCGAUACCUGAAUAUCAACAUCCCAAGGCCGUACGGACGGUUUAAUUGGGACAUACUAGACCUUUGUAUCCUUCCUUUGGCAGACGGGACUUGGGGACGUGCCGCAUCGGCAUCCGAAUGCUGCUUCCCCACUGAACUCGACCUCUCACAUCUUGUCGGUCUCAAAUUCAUCAGUCCCAAGGUCAGGCCAGGUACAUUGAGGUAUGCGUUCCUCGAGGCACUGGGAGUCCGCCCAGCAAACGCGGUUGUCGUGGCCAAUCACAUACUCCAGUCGAACAAGAUGUACGCUUUAUCGGACAUGGUCCGAUUCGCACACUUCUUCUAUAGCCACCAAGACGAUCGUGGCUUUCCCAGUCCGUCAGGUCUCGCUGUCAUGGAUGCAAACGAGAACAAGACCACGGGCAAUGAGCUAUACCUUGAUGCGACGAUGGCGGAUGGAGGUAGUCUGCGCUCAAUCCUCCCCAACGCCCGGUUUAUUCACGCUGCUUAUGCUCCGCCGUCGGUAUACCAGGCAUCAAGCUGGCGGAAAUGGCUCCGGGAACACCUCGGUGUUCAUAUUCGCCCGCGUGUCAUAUAUGGCAAGCUGUCACCGGAGUUUCGGAUGAUGACACAGACGCUUUCCGAGUUGGAGACCCCUCGCAGGCUCCUUGGUGUGUUGCAGGAGUACUGGCCUUUUAUCUCGCAGGAGCUUUCUCGAGAUGGCUUGGGCGAGCUGUCCGCAACGGCUGUGACCUGUGUGGAUGGCGUGCGGCGCAAGCUGGCUGAGACAGCCCUCCACAGGCGCGCUCUCCGAAUGGCACAGAUCCCCCCUCAGAGUCUUCACUUCAUCGACGUUUCGAACCCAGAUGAUCCCAGAUGGGACUUCCUGCAGACACUCGGUGUCAUGGUGGAACCUAACGCUAUUGCCUGGUUGGAAGUCCUCAAGCGAUUGCAGGCGACAGAACUGCUACCGGCAGCAAUGAUUAGCGCAGUCGAGGAAGCAUACAAGCAGCUCAAUGCCAGGUUUAACGAGGCCUCCGAUGAGAUACGUCAAACCUUCCGCGAUCACCCUCUUCUCCUUCUCAUAUCGGGUGACAGAGACAACAUGUCUGUGACUUGGACGGGCAUGAGCAGCGCGUAUUGGGAGGGGCCAUCCUACCUCAGUGACGUCCUGAUCAAACACUCGUAUCCAUAUUUGCGAGAUUUCUUCGUCGACAAGCUGGGACUGCCCACCGGCGCCCCUCCGCGUGCCGUCAUUGACCGACUCUUGCAGAUCACGCAAACCUACGUGGACAUGGAGCUGCAGAAGAGUGUCCAUGACGUCGUCGAGCGCAUCCUCUUGGACGUAGCGGAGUGGUGUGCCAAGCCACCACGCAAUAUGCAGGUUACCUCCGAGCUGAAGAGACUUCAAAACAAAGCCAUAUUCCCUGUUCUCACGACGGAAGGCACGAUCAUGCUUCGAAGCGUGGAUCGGUUCUAUGUCCGUCGAAGCAGCCUCGCACAACUGGAGAAACUGGAAGGUCGGAUACCUCUGUUGGUCACUACACCUCGCCUACGCAUCCCCGAUAUCGAACCGCUACUGGACAGCGAGAUAUGGUCAACUCCGGUCAAGUAUUUGGAGCCGCCGGUCAUUGAGAUCCAGCACAAACCCGAGGGCGAUCUGGAACUAAGCAUGGCUCUCAGAGAGCGAUACACCGAGCCAUUCCGGUUGCAAUGCAUUCGAAGCACCAUAUGCCAUACACUGGGCUCUCGAGCUCGCCAACGAGAUUCCAAGGAACUGAUCUUCGCGGGCAAGCUGUCUUCCAUGACGAUAGGUACUGUCGGCGCAAUUGUUGAAACUAUAUCAUUACCCGCCGAAGACGUCUCGCAUGUGACUCAAUUGGCGUCGCAUCUGGAAGAAACAGACGAAGGUCUCAGGAUCCUCGUAGCAAGGACAACUAUCGAAGACGCAGACGAGAAAAUCAUUGGCCAGCUCAGUCAACGCCUCGGUAUUGAUCUAUGCAGGAUGUUCAUGUACAUGAAGUCCCCUCGCAAGGACGUCCUCCGCAUCCUGAAGCUCGAGGGGAUCGACAUCACCUCUGCGGACUAUGUCGAGGACAAUGACUCGUUUCCCUGGGACCAAUAUCAAGAAUGGCAAUCGACUCCGAGCAGCGCUCCAAGCGCAAGCAUUGCUCGCAGUCGGGCAUCUGACUUGUCGCGGGGUGGUACGCGCCUGGAGAACUCUUUCACCAGUCAACUUACGGUGUCCGAGCGACGCUCUCGUUCCGAUGCAACAGAAACGCAAGAGCGCCAAUCUUUGGCCGGCCAGGUACACGACGCAAUGCGCAAUCUCGAGGAAUGCCUCGGCUCCAUCUCACUUGACACAGGCGCUGUGUAUGCGACCGACUCACUGGAGAACUCCCCGUUGGAGAUCGACCUCUCCUCCCUGGUCACUUCGCUUUCGAAGCCCAGGUCAAGCGCGCUGGUGACAGCUGCCGCGGGGAGCACGCAGACUCGCAGAGACACAUCAGGACUGUCGGCGAUAACUUCGACACCGAGUGAUUGGGCCUUAGAGACAGCCUCGGCAGAUGCACCAGAUGGUACACUCAGCGGCUCUCGGGCUCUCAACACGGGGACGACGUCGACAAUCGCUAGCAUUUUUACUUCUCUCGCUACAUCAGUGGCAGCCAUCGACGAUGUGAGCGAUUAUCAGAUAGUCAACGGAAUCCUAGGCGAGCGUUAUGCUUACGCGGUCUUGAGCAAGCUGUUAGGGCCAAGCUUUGGGCCAGACAACUGGACAAGUGAGCUGCGUGGUCAGGUACCGGGCUUCACGUACUAUGAAGGCAACCCCCUUGCCGACUUCCGCUGUCCAGACGACAACGGCGUCCUGACCGGGCGUUGGUACGGAGAAGAAGUGAAGAAGCGCUGGGAGCCCGAAUGGCCGACGUACCACGUCGAAGUCAAGUCGACGUCCAGGUCCCGCGAGGAGCCAUUUCACAUGAAGCGUGCGCAGCUCCGCACGGCUUUACAAUUGACGGCCCAGUCAGAGAGCUUGGAGUCGCCUCCAAAGCAUGUCUAUAUCCUUAUGCGUGUGUCAGGCAUACGCAGCGGCAGGCCUACGCACAUGGUCUUCAUAGAUCCGCACCGUUGGAUCUACAAAGGAGCAUUGGUCAUCGAGAGCGACAUCGAGGUCUCUGUGGAUGUGAACGCGCUGCCUACCACUUAGAGUGACAUUGCACUCCGUGUAUCCGGCUUGGGCGACAGACGUGAGCAUAUGAUGGUACUGUGUCGGGAUUUCUUCCAUAACACAAAUGAUGCGAUUGUACUUGUACUUGUAUACACUGAAUAUAUCAGGAUCGAAAACACUAU